AUGGUAUCUUUCAGUUGUGACCAAUGUGCAGACGUGGUAAGAAAACAACAACUAGAUCAACACCGAGAGCGUUGUGGAAAUAAUACUUUCACAUGUCUCGAUUGUAGCAAAACAUUUGGGAGAAAUGAGUAUAAGGGUCAUACUAGUUGCAUUAGCGAAGUAGAAAAAUAUCAAAAGGGUGUUCUUAAGGGAAAGAAGAAACAAGAAAAAUCCACCGACAAGUCAAAGCAGAUGCCAGCGAAGCAGGAACAAAAUGUUGGAAAUAGCAAUGGGAAAGGACAAGAGGCAGCCCUUAAGAAAAAUGAAGAUGUGAGUAAUAAGAAAGACUCUGAAAAGAACCAAGCUACAAAUGAGGCACCCAACGGUUCGAAAAAGAGCAAAUCCAAGAAAAAGAAGACGAAAACAAACGGGGACAAAAAAGAAAAACCUGAAAUCAUCGACGAAAUUAUGAAACUUCAUAUGACGUUUGGAAAUAGAUUCAAUUCCGUGGUGAUUUCGAAGAAACGAAAGGCAGAAGAACCUGUCAUUGAGGAUAAGCAGUCUGGAAGUCAAGCCAAAGAUCCUGGUGUCCCAAAGGUUGAAAAUAGCAACCAAAAACAUAAGAAGAAAAAGUCAGAAUCGCAGCACUUGUCACAAUCGUCUAAUAAACAUCCAGACAAAACACAAAAUCUCGAUCAACCUAAUAGUAAAGAUAAAAACAGCAAAGAGAAGAAAGACUCUAAAUUGACAUCCGGCUCACAAGAAGAGAACAAAAAUCCUUUUUACAUUGAUUCGACUUCUGAGGAUGAGGGAACUGAAGGUCUAGGCGUUUUCAAUAAAAGUUUGAAACGCAGGAAUGAACAGCAAGCUAUCGAAUCAGACUCAACAAAAGAUAGUAAGAAACAAAAAAAGGCUGCCGAAACACAGUCUGAAAAACAAAAAACUCCAACCAUUGAAACUUCAUCUGAGAAAGAAACGAAUUCGGCGAUUGAAAAUUCAUCUGAAAAACAAAAAGCUCGGGAUGUCGAAACUUCGUCUGAAAAGGUCGAUGGUAAGAAGAAAAAGAAUGAACUGAAUUUCAAGUUUCCUGCAACCAAAAUGGUUAAGAGAAUCUUUAAAGAAGGAAAGCGUAAAGAGAUAACGCUUCAACAAUUGGAAAAAAUGGUUAUUAAUAAAUUCAUCACUAACCCAAAGAACACGUUAAGCCCUAACGAACUGGAUCAGAAAUUUAAAGAGAACAUUGUAUUCGUGUUCAAGAAUGGAAAUGUCUUAUUAAAAUGA